AGAGACAGACAGAGAGAGCGAGAAGGGAGGGAUUGGAAGACAAGAGAAGCAUAUCUAUGUUGCUCUUCACAGCAGCGUCUGGCUUUCACUGAGGUCUCUGACUCUGUUUUUCCUGCGCUUGUUUGCCUAAUUUAUUCCUGCCAGGGCCAGGAGAAAGAACAGGCGGAAUAAUCAAAGAGCGCAACAGUACACCCAGAGAGGUGCAGGCCUCUGGUUGUUACUGCUGGAUGGACAAGCACUGACAAAACAGUGAAAGGAAGAGCGAGGAAAAAGGAGAAAGACAACACUUUGGGAGGCUUUGAGACAGCAGCUGCUCCUGCAGCCGAGAGCUAAAAGGCACAGGAGGUUUCUCAAGCCUGCUUUUGUUGUGGCUUGUUUUUAUUGACAUUUGAGACACUGACAUCACAUGCUCUGGACAAGUUGGCGGAACCAGAAGAAGACAUUAUUUCACAACAGAACAGGGGGAGCACUGUUCACAGCGGGAUUCAGCAUCUGAAGGUCUCUGCUUCAGACAGGCUGCAGACUUCACCUCCAGGAGAAGUUAAAGUGGUGAUGACAACAUGCUACCUCAAGGAGUCUAGUCCCCACAGCUGUUUGCAUGGGCGCACGUGUGAAUGAGAAAAUAUUACCUUUGUUUUUUUUCCCAUCACUGUGACACUGUGGAACAGCCUGGACAAGUCACGAGUGAGUCUGGACGAGAACCGUUUCAGAUCAGCAGAUAAGACUUUUGCACAGCAGGAACUGGUUGGACUAGUUUAUAAGUUGAAGGAGCAGGCAGGGCAGUUUAACCCCGCCUGAAGGAGAGCACGCUUUUAUUUUCCUGUCCUUCUGAGAGAAACUACAGCGUGGAGAGCGCUGAAUGUCAGGCUGACCUUCGUUUCAUCUGGGGCGGCUGCGUUCACCACGCUGAGGGUUUUCUCAGACCUCAGGAGGCAUUGAUCAGAGGUCACGGCAGAAAACACAAGAGGUGACGGCGCAGGGAGAUUAAAGAACGAGCGACAGGAAAGAAAACAGCGUCGGUUUAAGACCGCCAGGUCACUGAAACCAGACGGAAAGCGGAGGGAGGUCAACGCCAGGAGUCAAGGACGACUUUUCACCACACUUUCACCCUGUGUACGCCACUGUGUUAUCGUCAGUAUUUGAGUCAGUGCGUCCAGUUGAAAGCAGGGGUUCAGGGUGGGUCUGUUUAUGAUCCACUUUCAGGACUGUGCGCCUCAGAGAACAUGGCCAUGGUGAGCGGGGGAUGGGGCAACCCAAACGGGGACACAAAUGGACUGGGAGAGAAAGCGUACCUGAAGAGGGAGGAAGAAGACGUCUCACCCCAGGCUGGAAGCAGCGACGUGGACGUAGGGGAUGAGGAGAAGGCUUGCGUGCUGGACUGCGUGGUGUGCGGAGACAAGUCCAGCGGGAAGCACUACGGCGUGUUCACCUGCGAGGGCUGCAAGAGCUUCUUCAAAAGAAGCAUCAGACGAAACCUCAACUACUCCUGCAGAUCCAAUCGAGAGUGCCAAAUCGACCAACAUCACCGCAACCAGUGCCAGUACUGUCGUCUAAAGAAAUGCUUUCGUGUCGGAAUGCGCAAAGAAGCUGUCCAGCGGGGGCGCAUCCCUCCAUGUCACUCAGGUAUCAGCCCCAACUCUCUGGCAGGGGGGGUUGCUGUUGCAGGACCAGGUCACAUUGGCACCGACUUCUUCAACGGACAGCCAGUGUCAGAACUCAUCUCCCAGCUCCUCCGGGCUGAGCCGUACCCCAGCAGCCGCUACGGGGCGCCGUACAGUCAGGCACAGAUGCAAGCAUCUGCAAGCGGCACCUCGGUGAUGGGCAUCGACAGCAUCUGUGAGCUGGCAGCCCGGCUCCUCUUCAGCACCAUCGAGUGGGCCAGAAACAUCCCAUACUUCCCAGACCUGCCCGUCUCAGAGCAGGUGGCGCUACUGCGGCUGAGCUGGAGUGAACUGUUCAUCCUAAAUGCAGCUCAGUCGGCCCUGCCUCUACACAUGGCUCCCCUACUGGCGGCGGCUGGGUUCCACUCAUCGCCCAUGACUGCAGAGCGUGUGGUGUCCUUCAUGGACCAGGUCAGAAUCUUCCAGGACCAGGUGGACAAACUGAACAGACUGCAGGUGGACUCUGCCGAGUACAGCUGCCUCAAAGCCAUCGCACUCUUUUCUCCUGACGCAUGUGGUCUGACCGACCCAGCCCACGUGGAGUCCCUGCAAGAGAAGGCCCAGGUAGCUCUGACUGAGUAUGAAAGGGUGCAAUACCCCAACCAGCCUCAACGCUUUGGCCGCCUUUUGCUCCGGCUGCCUGCCUUGCGCGCCGUGCCAGCCAACCUCAUCUCUCAGCUCUUCUUCAUGCGGUUGGUGGGCAAGACGCCCAUUGAGACACUGAUCCGCGACAUGCAGCUAUCAGGGAGCUCCAUCAGCUGGCCUUAUGCACCGGGACAGUGAGGACUGCUGAGGUCCAGAGUGAGACGGAUCUGCAACAGCAACAUACAGGGAACAGGAAAAAAGUACCGUAUGUCUUUGUAUAUGCUUGCAGCACUUGUCUGUUUUGAUAUGAACUGUGUCUAAUCUCUCUCCGUCUCAUUCUGGAGGAACAAAAAAAACAGGGCUUUUAAAAUGCAGACUUUUACUGUCCUCAUAAUCAUUUAGGCACAAAACAGCACCCCCAUCAGGCUGAAAACAUGAAUUUGAGGGCACUGCUUUGCACUUGUCCCUUUAAUGUGGCCUUGCGCCUCUACUACCUCCUCCCACAUCACCCUUUAUGUGACUCCGUUUGAACCCAGGCCUUGAUCUGUUUCAUAUGAGCAUAAUACAGCUGAUCUACAGCUUCAUAACUUUAUAUUUCAACUGUUAUGCAGGUCAAAACAAUUGCUAUGUGGUAAAAUCAGCAGAUUUAGCUACACCAGCUGCACACCAUACUUCAUUCAAACCAUGCAUUGCAUUGCACAUUAUACAUAAUUAAAUAAAAUGCAGCACACGUUAGCUACUAGCCAUAGCAGACUAUACAAUAAUGUUAUUGGCACUGUGAAAUCAGCAGGUAGACUGGUGCAACUUUUCAAACGCAGCCUGGACCCUCAAACAGUCACAUCCCUGUCUAAUAUUAUUACCUCGUGUUUAAUGACAAUGAUUGUAUAAUGAAGUGUUCAUGCGAUGAUACGCUAAAUAAAAGACACUGAGUUGUGUUUAUUGCUAAAACAUAUCAGUAAUAAUCUCACUUUAAGUUCUGCAUGUUCAUUGUCUUUUUCCAAA